AUGUACUAUGAUCACAAUGAUAAUAGAAAGUGUACAACAGAGUUGCAGAGUAUUUUUAGGCCUCAUUUUAGUCUUACUGGAAUGAAAGGGUUCUUAGAGCAGCUAGCAAGUAAAAUUUACUCCAAUUAUGACAUAGUUGUUGCUGAUAAAGCAGAGAUGUUUUAUCCUAGUUUUAGUAAAAAGCCUGGCAAUGGAAUCUUGCUUUUAGGACAUUUAUCAAUGUUGCUUGAUGUAUUAAUUACAGAAGAUGAAAACUAUAUUAUUACAACAGACAGAGAUGAAAAGAUUAGAGUGUCAAUGUUUCCAAAUUCGUACAACAUUAUGUGCUACUGUUUAGGACACCAAAAAUUUGUAACAAAUAUUUUGGAAUUAUCUCAUGACAAAAGUAUCUUGGUAUCUUGUGGAGGAGAUGGCAAACUUAUACUGUGGGAUUAUAAAAUUGGAAAAGAAUUAUUAUCUGUUGAUUUUAAUGACAAAAUAUCUAAAAGUGACAUUGAAGAAUUUAAUCAGCAGUUUCAAGGUUGUCAUUUGGAAGAAACUAUUGAAAUCUUACCUGUUAAACAUUUAAGGCUUUCAGCCAUAACUGCAACAUCAUCUUUAGCCGUAAUGAGCUUUUAUAGUAGUCCAUUGUUACUGGUUUACAUUGUCAAUGGUACAGUGUCAAACUUUGAAAUAAAUUAUUUGCAGUCUAUAGUUACAGACAGUGAACCACUAGAAUGUUAUAUUCAUAAACAAAACUUAUGGUUAUUAAAUGACCAUGGAUUUAAAAUAUAUGAAUUUAAAGACAAUUUUGUACCUAGCAAUGGAACGGAUUAUAAAAUAAAUCAGUUAAAUAGCUUUUGGAAAACAUUAAAGAAAGAUACUGUUCAACAAAAUUUAUUUUCAAUUUUAUAUAAAAGAAAAUAUGACAAUGUUCAAGAGUAUUUGCAAAGGAAAAAAACACGACUUGGAAGUAUUUCUGAGUAAUAUAUAUCAGGUGAAUUAUAAAUUGUUUUUUAUAUUGAAACCAUAUAAAGUAAAAUUAAAUAUGGACAGACGAUUUUUUAUAAAUUUUAUGUAUUAUUCACAAAUUCGUGAAGCAUUUGUUAAAGCAUUUUGACAUAUGUUUUCAUUAUAAAAUACAACUAGUAUUACAAUAAA